GGGAAAACGCAAGCUUUGAUCGUCUUCAAUCCUCGAUAUGGUUCGAUACAAUUACCUUAUCUCCAAGCGGGCUGAUGUCGUGUUCGCUGUCUUUGUUGGCGUUACCAGUUAUGCGUUGUACGAGGGCAAUCAUCCCAGAGCACCCGGACAUAGUCUAGUGGAGUUGUUGAGGCUGCGGAUCGAUUCAUGGCGGAACACUUCGAACGUGUCUGAGGUAUAAUAGAAUUGCCCCGGAUUGCGAUGCUAUGGUAUAUGGCCGAGUAUAUGCACUUUGGAGCCGUGCUGAAGGCGUAUCAGGGCUGUUACUACGGGAAUCUGAUGUACGAUAUAUAGUGUGGAGGAAUGCAGAGCGUGCCAAAGGGCCAGUGCAAAUAUGAGGAGUUUGCUUAAGCAGGAAGGACACACUUAUGAAAUUAUACAUGCAAGUAAUGCGUACUUGGAUUACACACAACACUUCUGCACAUACAA